AUCUAAAAACAUUACAAAUCAAAGGAACUUUAGCUUUGUAUAAAAUUAUUAAAAAACUACGCAAAUCGGCCUACGAAUUCAGAAUAAUCGAAUUACAUAGGUACAUAAAAAUAUACUGGAAUUUUUGAAAGAGAAAAAAAAAGUUGUAGGUAGGUAUCUAGAAUUGCAGGUCAAAUAAAAUUGUAACCGAUGAAAGCUUACCACGCAUAAUUAUUGUUAAAUCACGAUAAGUUUUGGCACGGCAUUGUAAGUUAUUCACAAUAUGACCCGAAGUGUCAGCGCCGCACAUGCGCGGGAGCACUCGUACUUAUACCCGACAUUGUGACUAAAUACCUAAUUUUAUAAUUUUAUGUUUUGCUCAUCGCCCGUAGUAGUCCAGUAGUCAGUGAUCAGUGUUACUACACUAUUUUGCUUCACAGCGAUUAGUCAACACACGCAUAUUGUUGACUUCAACAAACAAUUAUUACGCAAAUCGUGAUAUUUGAAUGCAGUGAGACGAAUCAACGAUUAUUCAAACGUUAUUUUCGCGGGAUGUUUCUCUGUUGGGGGUACUUUUGCGUGGUGUGCAGUCAAAGGUUUAUUUUAUCGGGUAUUGUGCUCUUCAAGUGUUGACGCGGCGGAUUAUCGUCGGUUAGACUAAUAAAUCGUGUCGAUUUAUGUGUGACCCACUACGGUGUCGUGCGACGUGAUGCAGGCUCGGCGGUGGUGCGCGGCACUGCUAUUAAUGCAGACGCUGAGCUGGCUCGGAGACAGUAAAAUCAUACCGCGUCCCGAGUGUGCGCCAGCCGCAGACUGACAACUUAUACGAGACAACAUAACCUAUGAAUAUGCACAAUUCUACUUCAACGUAUCAGGACAUGAAGUGAAAUUUGAACAUGACAUCGGAAACGACUUCGAUGUCGAAUUGUCAUGCAAUUACAUCGCCAUGGACAACGCAAUGCUGCCGCGGUUCUCAACGACCUUUUCAGUCAACGUAAUAGUGGUUAAAGAAUGUACUUUGCCAAGAAGUGGGUCAAUCGAUGCCGCUGUCGGUGCACUUAAUAUCAACAUUUUGUCGGGGCUGACUCUGGACAAAUUCCAAGAGCCGGCGGUGAUCACGCGCGCACAUCUUACCGGUUUACAACGACUAGAGAGGCUGGAGCUACACGGUAACUCAAACACAAGCCUCGCCCCCGGCGCACUGGCCGCGCUCUCCGCCGCGUCCGCACUGAAAUUUCUUGUAUUGCAUGCAGUACGCGUGCCCGCCGCUGACCUGGCGCGCUUGCCGUCGUCACUGCAAGAACUAGCGUUGUGGGAUGUGGGCGUUGCGAGUAUGCAUUUAGAUUCAUCGGUUAAUUUGACGUCACUCAUAAUAAUCGAUACACAUUAUCCUGUCGUCGUGAAUGUGAGCAACGCCGUUGCGCUCAGAGACUUGCACAUAUAUACCCCGAGUACUGUGUUGACCGAAGAUGCGCUCCCGUCGUCACUCAACUCACUUGAACUAGCGGGGUGGAACGAAACGCAUCCGGUGCCCAAGACACGUUGCGCACAACUUGAGAGACUUGUGAUAUUCGGCACCAACAAUGAUGCCUAUCCGUUGACUCUCCCGGACGAGUGGCUGUCCAACUGUGGGCAGCUGACGGAUCUCGAAAUGGACUCCGUGCCGAUUAGCGGCGUACUUCCGGCGCGGAUGCUGGCUAACGCAAUUAGGCUUAAAACGAUUACUAUCCGGAACUGUAACCUGACCGCGUUGCCGUCGGGCCUGUUAGACGACACGCUGAACCUCAUCAGUCUCAACUUGUCCAACAAUCAACUCGCAUCGUUGCCCAGAGAAUUAUUUGAGCACACGAAGUUACUACGCAGUCUCAUACUAUCGAACAACAAGCUGACGAGCGAGGUAGUGUGGACGCUAUCCACCGUCACCUCGCUUUUUGAACUAGGGCUCAGCAAUAAUAACCGCAUAGGCGACUUAUGUUCCCACGACUCAGUGUCAGCAGGUCCCUCACCACUGAGUUCACUGACGGAGCUAAACUAUCUCUAUCUGAGCAACACAGGAGUAUCACACGUGUGCUCCGACUGGCGAGAAAAGCUAACCUACCUCACGAAUCUCAACUUAAGUGACAACCCCAUCACUCUCUACAAUUUGGCGGAUCUACAGUUUCGUCGAAUGCAGAAAGGCGCUAGUGUGUAUUUAGGACAUUUCAAGCAGCAGUUUACGCGCACAGAUUACGAACUCGCCCGUAAUAACAACAUUGAGGCUGUCGUAACUCUCUCCGGUUCGUUAGAAUGCGACUGCAAUUCAUACUGGGCAGCACAGGUGUUCCGUAUGAAAGCUUGGCGGGCAUCCAGCUCCAUGAUAUAUUGUGAAAAAAAACCGGUCAUUGAGGUGGAUCCCGACACCUUUACCUGCCUUGACCCAGCGAAGUGUGCUACGCUGGCGGAUAGUUGUACGUGUCGUAUCCGCGACGACAUCCAGUACAAACAAGUGGUCGUUGUGCACUGCACCGGACUCGCCGAGUUCCCGCGCCUGCCACCAACCACGGACAAGUGGAUCCUGCACCUGCCCCACAACAACAUAUCAUACCUCGCCGCGGCCGACGUAUCCCCGAACAUCGUGGAACUCGAUCUAAGAAACAAUUCAAUCAAGAAAAUUGACGUAGAGGCGUCGGCGAAACUAGUCUCCGUCCAGCUGCAACUGGGUGGUAACCCGAUCGAGUGUGACUGCGAGGCGUUGCAGAUGCUGGCGCCGCUGUUCAAACCUGACUCAAAGCUGCUUGACAGAAAGAACGUGAAAUGUGAAAACGACGCGCAGAUUACCUUGACGAUGCUGAAAUUAUGUACUAAGUCAUCCAAUGGGCUGGUGUACUUGCUGUUCCUGUUGCUGUUACUCGCAUUUGUCGUAACCGGACUGCUCGCACGAACCGCAAUACGUCUGCGCAUCAAAAUGAUCCUCAUGAGGCUGGGCUGGAUGUCGAGGCUACUGGAGCCCGCGGACGACGAUCGCCCGUACGACGCGUUUGUGUCUUUCGCACACGAGGAUGAGGAGCUGGUGAUGGAGCAGCUGGCGGCACGGCUCGAGAGCGGCUCGCGGCCGUACCGACUGUGUCUGCAUUACCGCGAUUGGGCGCCAGGCGAGUGGAUCCCGGCGCAAAUAGCGGCUUCGGUGCGGGCCUCUCGGCGCACGGUGGCGGUUGUGUCGGCGCACUACUUACAGUCGGGCUGGGCGCUUGCCGAGAUCCGGGAGGCGACCGCAGCCUCGCUGCAAGAAGGCAUGCCACGUCUCAUCAUCGUGCUGCUCGACGAGACCGACCGGGUGAUGCUCGAUAUAGACCCUGAGUUGCGCGCCUAUGUGCGCAACAAUACCUACGUGCGCUGGCAUGAUCCAUGGUUUUGGGAGAAGCUGAAGCAGGCGCUGCCUCCACCGCGGGAACAACGGUCGCAGAUAGCUCCGUCGCUACCAGCGCUGGCGCUGUCUCAUGACAGCCUAACUCUGCACACGUACUCUCCCCGAGAAAGUGACCCAGCGCCCGCUGCUAAGCCCGCGCACACUCCGCACGAGACGGACGAGCCAGCGCCGGACGCGAGUCCUUGCUACACAUAAAUCCAGAACUUGCGUGUACCCAUCGAUAUACAGGUCGAUUUUGACAUUGUGUUACUAAAUGAAACCACAUUCUCGUCUUCACUUUUGCUGACAUUGUGCCAAAAAUCAUCCAUUAAUAACGAAU